AUUUAAGCAUCAGGCGUACCUGAAUUUAUACGCUUUCCGACGGGGUACUAUAUAUGCGAGAGUGAUCCCGUCUCCCAUGCUGCUGUCUGCAGAAUCUGGAAGACCGGGUUCCAAGUGCCGGUCGGUAACUGAACACUAUGACCUCAACGUCCAACAUCGAACUCACCCAAACGUUUCACUAUUCCACCAAUACUCACAGCUACGACGUCCGAUGGACAUCCCUUGGCGAUGAAGUCUUGCCGCCCGUGAUAUUCGUACAUGGCACGCCCUGGUCCUCCCGGGUCUGGCAUGUCUAUGCACAAUCAUUGGCCAGAUAUUUUCACGUCUAUCUUUUCGACAACCCAGGGUUCGGCGAUAGUCCGCUUGGCAAGCCUCUCCCAAGCAAGGCGGGUAGCAUCAGCAAGGAAGUGGCACUGGAUGCAGACCUGGCUCAGCAGUCCGAAGUCUAUGCCGCGCUGUAUCACUCCUGGGAGCAAGAAUGGGGUAACAAGAAAGCCCAUGUCGUUGCUCAUGAUCACGGAGGACUGAUGAGUCUACGUGCGCAUAUCCUGCAUGGCUGUGAAUAUGCGAGCUUAUGCCUGAUCGACGUGGUUGCGAUGGGGCCAUUUGGGCAGCCUUUGUUCAAGUUGGUGGCGGAGAACGAGGGUGUAUUUACUUCCUUGACGCCGACCGUCUUCGAGGGCGUGGUCGAGUCGUAUAUCCGUGACGCAGCGCACAACCAGCUGAGCAAGGAGACGAUGGAGAUGCUGAAGCGGCCGUGGGUCAGCAGUGACGAGGGCAAGAGAGGGUUUGUGAGGCAGUUGAUGCAGGCGAACAGUCGGAACACCGAAGAGGUCGAGUCGAAGUACGCGGAGGUUGGUAAGAAGUUGCCAAUAAGGAUCAUCUGGGGGAAACAGGAUGGAUGGCUGCCUGUGGAUAUCGCGGAGAGGUUGAAAGAGAAGUUAAAUGCUAAAGAGGUGGUGUUGAUUGAUGGAGCUGGACAUUUGAUCAUGUAUGAUCAGCAGGCGAAGUUGGGAGUCGAGUUGACUUGGUGGUUGAGUCAAGUUCCGAGGUGAUUCUUGAAAUGAAAUCAAAAUGAGAAAUCGAACAUUUUCAUAUA